GUCUAUCAAACUCGUAUACCGAUCAGAUGUACCGUUACGCUCCUCGUCCUAGCUGCUCAUUCCAAAAUCCCAAUUGUGGCUCACCAUAUCUGUUCUGUGAUACCAGAGGGUAUCCACACUGUGUUGCCAAGAUCAAGCUGAACGGAAAUUGCCAAGGAUUUGAGAACUUUGAUGCAUGCUAUCAAGGGAGAUGCUGGUGGGGACGUUGUGUUCCAGGUGGCCCACGAGCUUGGGGCUCAAAAACAGCUAAAGAUAUGAAGCCAAUAAACGCCUCUUUGACAAUGAGCCUUUUGUCAGAAGACACAGAAGUUCAACCAGAGCCAACGAAAAUGCUUGCACCAAAAUUCGUUAAUUGCUUCAAUAGGUCGCCAUGCUGCAGUCUUUGGGCAGAAAAAGGACAGUGCAACAAACAAGCUGAAUACAUGGGAGUUUACUGUGGACCAAGUUGCGGAGUUUGUACGCCAACAUUCAACAUCUCCUCAACUGGUAAAAUACCUUAUACGAUUGUUUAUCCCGAAUUGAAAGCAAAUAUUCCUUUUAAGCAUGCCUUGACUACCAUCCAAUGUGUCAAGAGUUUAAGAAACAAGGCCUAUGCAAAGGAAAAGGUGGAGACUUCAUGGCUGAAAACUGCCGCGCUUCUUGCGGCUUCUGCAAUGAGCAGAAGCAGAAAAAAUGCUUCAAAAACGAAAAGGUGUGCUUGGCGCGGUUGAAA